AUGGCUAAGAUCCCAUCGAACAUGAUAUCGUCGCCCCAGACCAAGCUUCCCUUCUAUCUGCCAUUCAUCGUCUGGGCACGUAUCCGCCUUCACACAGGCAUUGAUUGCCACGAGCAACUGGGACCCGCAUUAGGUGCCACCAAGUUUACCCAAGCCGAUUUCCAAAGAUGGUUUGAAAUCUAUCAGCAGAACACAACAAAGCCUACGACAGGUAACAAACGUCCCCUAAGCGAAGUUCAACCUGAGCCGACAAGGAAACGACAGCGGACCGGCCCUCAAAGGCCAGACAGGUCACCACUUCAUACUGCUGCUUCGGGUGUCUCAGGUGCUCUUGUACAGGCAGGCGAUCUUGCCCUGUCUCUGCUCGUCGGCAGCAAUGCAGACAAGGGCGUACUUGAGCAAGGGUUACAAAAUCAUCGAUUACCUCAGAUGCCUACUUACGGUGGUGCUGACCAGCUCACUCCGUCAUUCGCGCUGGAGUUCGGCCGCGAAACGGCUUUUCAUGGAUUACAAUUAGAAAAGCCUGCCGGCUAUAUGCAUAAUCUGACCGGCCCAGUCGAUCAGCUCCCGGCCGAGCUCGAGAGCAUCACAGCCCCAUUCAUCGGGUCGCGUUACGAUGUAAUAGGCGCAACCAUUCCGUCGGAAAGUUUUUGGAGCGUCUUCGAUUGGAAUCAAAUUAGCCGUCUUGAGCCGGCGUAUCAUGAGGACCGUGGUCGGUAUAUGAGCGGGCACUAG